GACGUCACCGUCACUCUCUCACGACAGGAACAAUGAUCACAGUCUUCGCAACUUUCUGUCUUUUUGUUACAGUGAAAACCUCUGAGACUGAUGAGCUUCAAGUGCAAACAGUGAAAUGUGGAGAAAAUGUUACAAUAAAAUGUCACCCAGACUUUAUCAAAGGCAAAGAGCACGUUUUAGCCUGGUAUAAGCAGAGUUCUGGAAAGCUGCCUGAGCUUAUUGUGAGAACAUCUGACAAUAAUGCGAAUGUCAGAGUUGCUGACACAUUUAAACAGCGCUUCAGACUGACUGCAGGUGAAGAAAAGUUUGAACUCAGCAUCAUUAAGACUGUGGAAGAGGACGCAGGAACAUAUUUAUGUGUGAAAACAAAGCAAAGCGUUAUAGAGUUUGGAUCUGGGACCCUUCUGCUUUUUCCAGAUGAAAAGUCUGAGAAGCGAAAUCUGACUGAAGUAGAUGUGAAAAGUGGAGAGUCGGUUACACUCCAGUGUUCAGUGGCUGCUCUGAGCUGUUCAGGAGAACACAGUGUGUACUGGAUCAGACACGGAUCAGGAGAUUCUCAUCCAGGAAUCAUUUACACUCAUGGAGACACAGAUAGUCCGUGUACGAGGAGCUCUGAGACUGAUUCUCCUACACAGAGCUGUGUCUACAAACUCCCCAAGAGAAAGCUCAGCCUCUCUGAUGCUGGAACUUACUACUGUGCUGUGGCUGCAUGUGGACAGAUGCUGUUUGGGAGUGGAACUAAACUUAAUGUAAAAGGUGAAUGUUUGCAACAGAUGAGCAUUUUGUUCUGGCUCUCCAUUGUAAGAACUGGACUUCUUGCUGGAAUGAUUAUUAUUCUUAUUGUGGUCCACAUUGUUCAAAAAUCUGCAGUGGAACUUCUCAUACCUCAGCUUGUGAACCUGAGAGCACUCUCCUCCCCUGGAGACCCUCCAAGUAGCUUUAAUACAGCAUGUUCCACUAUGCACUGGGCACCCAGUGGCUUCAUCUUCACCUCAUGGUUGCCUCUGAAACCGAGAGUUGCAUUCUCUAGGUCCAUUUAG